CUGAAGUUGAUGUGCAUAAGAGAUGUAGUUUGAUGAAGAAGCCUUACGCUGCAGAUGAGCGGUUAUGUGGUGUGGAUCGUCAUCUUUUGCAUUUUCUUUCGAAAACUGAACUCUUAUCCGAUCAGCUUCGUGUACACCCUCUUCGAGAGCAGAUACGUGCGAUGAAGAAGUCCUGUUUGUACAAGAGUAUAAACUAUGCUAUAGCAUUAUCCUGUAUAGUAUACGAAACGAAUGUUGAUGCAUUACGUAAACUGCUUUUCUACUUACCUCAUAGCAAUGUAUCCUGGUUGAGGUUCAGUCGAAUCAUGAAACCUCUUCCUCAGCAUUUUCCACUCCUAUAUGUACUGCAUCUUAUGGAGUCGACUAGGAUGGUGUAUUCAUUGCAAUUGUCCACGUUGCGGUCGAAUUUGCUGCUUUUAUCUCCAUCUGAUAUAUCUCUUAUGACAUCAUUGAUUGAUGCUUAUUGCUGGGAAACCUAUUCACUUGAUCCCGUGAUCCAGAACAUGCACACGUUUGACUGUGAUCUUAUUUCCAUACUGUAUCAAUUCACUAAGGUGGCGGUAGCAUGUAAGGAAUCUUUAUAAUGAGAUAUGAUUUUGCCGGCACAAUGCUGAUUUGUGAAAUGUUUUUGGCGGGCUUGAUGCUGAUUGGUUGACACAUAUCUUAUCAUUUAAAUCCACCUACCUCUCUGACUUGUAUAUAUACGAAUGAUUGUCCUGCAGUUGAGUCAUUCGUUCUUCGGAUACAGUGCUGACUAGUUGUCCUGACUUCACUUCCUAGAAAAUGGCUUCCCUAUACGAGCGACGGAUGAAGAAGAAUUCCGCUCUUCCUGCUGACCCUCCUCGAGUUGGGCUCUCUUCGAAGCCAGUACCGGCUAAGCGUCGCUAUGUAUCACCUGCUCCUACCAAGCUCCACAAAGUAAUUGUGGUGGAUGGGUUUCAGGAGGAUAUGCAGCUGUCCUACAAGUUAUCGGGUAAAUCCUUCUACAAACCUGGAUAUAAGAUGUACUUCCCUUCGGGAGCUCUGCCAGAGAAAGAUGAACCAGGGUGAUCUCAUGUGCACACCAUCAAGGAAUGCGUCAAUCAUGACAAGAUCAAUCAUGUCAAGGUUCCAUCAUCUGUAUUUGGUGGGCUUGAUGGUGAUUGGUUGACAACUUUGCAUUUUCAAGUCACCCCAUUCUCAUUUGUAUAAAUAUGCAUGCUUGACAUGCAGUCGAGUCAUUCCUACAUUCAAUACAGUACUGAUCAGUUGCCUCGUGACUUCGCAUUCUACGAAAUGGAUUCCCCUUACAAGCGAUGGUUUCACGUUGCAAAGAGUCUUAACGGAUCGGCUGAUCACAAGACUCACGAAUGUCAGGUGUGUCAUCUGCUAGUACGAGUUGCUGACCAUGUUCUUGCGACAUACGCAAAGGAUGAAGGUGAAUGCUCGGAGACUCGUCAUGCCUUUGACAUUGACCAUUUGUUCGUUCGUGAUUUGACAUUGUUUCACACGUGGACAUCUGCUUAAAAUGUUGGUAUGAAGAGACCUGACAUUCUCAAGCAUGCUGUGAGUUUUACUGUUGGCGAUGGUGAUCGUGAACAAGCUGAACGACUUGAAAGUUGCAUAUGCGACAUCAUGGAAGGUUUAUGGAGUCAUGCGUCAAACGACAUCGUUGCCCUGGAGAUGACCUUGUCAUAUUCAGUGACUCUGUUGGACAUGCUGGCACGGAAAGGCGAUCGUGCGAAGGUGUUGUUAGCACGAGAUUUCCUCAUGAAACACAUUCAUGAUAAAUCGAGGAGGAGGAUGAACGGUCGACUCAUCAACAAGAUGACUGUGGCCCUUGUUUGUUGUGCAUUGCCUGUUGUUUACCUGUUCUUAUGAGCAUCAUAAAGUUUUUUUGAGAAAGAAAAUAUUUCCUAUCAUAAUUAGUACAGUGUUUGUGUGUGUGUGUGCGUGUGCGUGUGCGUGUGCGUGUGCGUGUGCGUGUGUGCGUGUGCGUGCGUGCGUGUGUUUGUGUGUGUGUGUGUGUGUGUGUGUGUGUGUGUGUGUGUGUGUGUGUGUGUGUGUGUGUGUGAAGAUGGCGUACUGGGCUAUGCAUUUCCGUAGGAGUGAUGGUGAUGAGGCCGCCCUCAAACACAUGCAAAGCAUGCGGAAUGACAUUGUCGAGAUGCAAACGGUUGUGGGGAACGAUGACACCGAAAACACCUUGGUUCAUGAUGUGGAGAAACUGAAAUAUGAGAAAGCCGAUGAGAGCAAAGUGGAAGAUGUGGAAAACAGAUCAACGCGCUUCACCUAUCAAGCCAUAGCAGCUGAUGAGCUGCACGUUAAAACAGGCGGAUCCGUGCCCAUGAAAGCUAACCUCGACAUGAACGAGCAUUCCAUCUGUAAUUUGGCGUACGAUGAUAGCUCUUUGACAUGUGCUGCCCCUGCCGGUUGGGUCAAGAAUGAAAUCCGUCAAUCAUCAUCGAGAUUGCAACACGAUAUCGACGCUGUGCGCAAGAUGAAAGGUCCUCGUGGCGAUCGGGGAUUGGGAUGGCUUAGCGGAGGUGGCAUGCCAUUGAACUCUAUAGGGAGAAAUGGUGACUUCUAUUUCGAUGCAACCACGCUCAUCGUGUACAAUAAAUUCAGCUCGAAAUGGAUGACUUUCGGUCAGCUUCAUGGAUCAAGAGGUGAAGACGGUCCACGUGAAGAACGUGGAUCGAUCGGUCCCGAAGGUGAGACUGGACCUAGAGGAGCUAAUGGGCAAGGUGGUGAACGCGGUCAAAAAGGUGAUCAAGGAAUACCUAGUCCAGAAGGUCCCAGAGGUGAAGUUGGAGAACGUGGAUUAGUCGGUCCUGUAGGUGAGAUUGGACCUAGAGGUGAAGAUAGACAAGACGGCUCACAAGGUGAACGUGGUGUGCAAGGUGAUCAAGGAGCCGUAUGUCCCGUGGGUCCCCAAGGAACCAUCAGUGCAACCGGUCCUCCAGGAAACAGAGGUCCUGUGGGCCCCCAAGGAAUCAUCGGCUCCAUAGGUCCUCCAGGAGCCAGAGGCCCCAUGGGUCCGCAAUCAAAUCAGAACCUAUCCGAUCAGUUUCAUCUACUACCUCACAUUCUGAGAAACGCCUACCUCUACAUAUACUCUCAUCCUAGCAGAUUUGAAUCCGUCAACAGGGUGAGCAGAAAAAGAUACAGAGGGAAAAUCUCGUUGACUUGAAGGACAAGAGAAUCAACGUGAACAGCAUCGACAUGUUCCGAGACGGUCACUUCUACCUCAACAUUAUUUUCACAACGCAAGCAAGUUUCCAUUAGAGAACGAUUCGUCAAUCAGUUUCACGACAACAUGUCUUUUGCAAUGUUCCAAGUAAUUCAAGUGGACGCACCUGUCCCUAGAAACAUGUCAUUGAAGACAAUCGACAUCGAUACUGUCGGAAAUUUCAGCUUGGAUGCUUUAUACGUGUUGUUCACUGCCACCCACAUGAGUGGCAAUUACUUCACGGGUUCUGGCUAUUCAUUAUUCAAUCUACCCGUUUCGUCUUAAGUGAACCAAUUAUCGGCGGCUUUGGAUAAACCUGUGUCGAGCAUGACAGAUCUCUUGAGUACAAAGUGUGUCAUAAGUUACGCUCGGAAUUCAGAAGGCCUAUUCACUCUACACGUAAACUCCAUUUUGAUUCAUUCCAACUUGGAAACUGACCCAUUUUUCAGGACCAAUGGAAUCGAAGAUUGCGAUUAAGCGCAUUGGUGGUACUCAAUUCUUCAACGGCACUACGUCAAAGUUGUUCUGUCAUUUGCACUUUGCAGAGAGUUUAUCUUCUCGCACAACCCAGGGCUGUCCACACAGAACUCAUGGCACACUACAAUAUAUAGCACACAUGUAUAGCACACAUGCUACACUACAUUCUUGAGGUGAAAAUGAAAAAUAAAACCUAUCUGUAGUGAUUAUCAUCACAUCACCAGAAUAUCUGUGAUAUUGACAGUGGCGAACAACACGUCGGGAGUGAGCAGGGGAUUGCACAAACCGAACUUUACUCUAAAUGUGAAGGACCUCGAUACCCGCGAUAAAGUCCUGCAUGUUGAAUCCGCUCAGUUUGAAGUACACUUUGAGAACAUAGACGAGGCAACGAACAAACUCUAUGUGGUACAUGGCGAAGAAGAAGAGGAUAGACUGUCCGUCAAGACGGGAACAUACAGCGAUAUAGACGAUUUGGUGUCUAUAAUCAAUGCCACUCUGAACCGAGCAGGACAUGGAGACAUUGUGUUUUCCUACUCUCGUCACACCAGCCGCAUAAGUGUCUCGUUACCCAGGACUAAAAGGUGCUUGUUGAAGAAGGACUCACCCGGAUUGGUGCUGGGUGUGGGUGUCGCUGACCUGCACAUUGAUAUUUGUUUGAUAGUUAUUUAUUUGUACCUUUGCAGCACUGCACAGUUUGUACGAGGACUCGGAGAUUUAUGCAGUGCAUGUCUACAGCUUAUUUGAAUGCGUGCCUACUGCGCAGUACUAGUCCCUUGUAUAGUACGCGAAUUGUAGUGCGGGUUAGCAUACAGGUGUGAACGCUACGCACUUUUCAUGCAAGCUACCUUCUGGAUUCUGUACUUGCUUUCAUGCACGUGUCGCUGGCAUACGCGAAUACGGGCCGGGUUUGUGUAUUGGUUUUGAACCAUGAGAUUUUUCUUUUCAAUUUUAGUUGUUCUUUGGUUGCUCCGCGAGUUGUUGCUUUGGUUGAAGACAAAGAUUGUAUUCCAGGGCACAGUUGUUCCGGAAGUCGACCAGCUGAAGCUGCUGGGUUUCCUGUUUGACCAACACCUGUCCUUCACAGCUCAUAUCAGGCAAUUGGCUAUUCGAGGCUCGCAGCGUCUCGGCUUCCUCCGGAAAGCCUCGCGAGUGCUGGACUCCAGGUGCCGUGGAGUGAUCUACAAGGGCUUUGUCCGCCCUGUUUUGGAGUACGGCAUGCUCGUGUGGAUGAGCGCUGCACCCACCACUCUGGCUCGCCUCACCGCCAUCCAACGCCGUGGCCUUCACCUAAUCGGUGACGGAGCCUACCUCCCUAGCUUGGACAUCCGCAGAAUGGUCGGAGCACUCUGCUUUCUGUACAAGCUCCACUUUUCAACUGGCCCAGACAUGCUUCUCACCCUUCUUCCACCCCGAGCGACCAACACAUCACGCCAUAGCCGACGCACACAAAAGCAUCCCUCACACCAGUUUCAGCUCACUUCCACUCUUCCGCCCAGAGCACGGAAUGAUGUCUUUCGGUCCUUCCCUGACGCUGUUGUGGAGGUCUGGAACCAGCUCCCGCAGUGCGUUCUGCUAAACCAGCCAACAAGGAAAGGACUGCAGAAGUUCAAAGAAAAGGUCAACGCCCACCUGCGCCUUACCCGCUGGGAGUGGGCAACGGACAGGCUAUCAAUCAAAGAAAAAAGACGAAAAAAGCUCUAACUCUGUUCCCUCCUCCAUUCACUUCGUUGACUCUCUGAUAACUUUUUAUU